CUUCCGCGUCCGCUCUUCGUAGGAGCAUAAAAGCCAAUCUUUGAUACGUCUGGAGUGCACACCGAGAGCGACGAGCGAGGGAGAGGGGAAGAGAAGGAGAGAGAGAGUCCGUGAAAAGCUUCAAAAAUCAUUACUUUGGGCGGAGACAUCUCACACAGGAAACAGAAGUGACGAGUGAUGGAUACUGGAGGGAAUUCUCUCCCGUCUGGGCCUGAUGGGGUGAAGCGGAAGGUGUGCUACUUCUAUGACCCGGAAGUCGGCAAUUACUACUACGGCCAAGGGCAUCCGAUGAAGCCGCAUAGAAUCCGCAUGACGCACGCCCUGCUGGCGCACUAUGGCUUGCUCCAGCAUAUGCAGGUCCUCAAGCCCGUCCCCGCGAGAGAUAGGGAUCUCUGCCGCUUCCAUGCCGACGAUUACGUUGCCUUUCUUAGGAGUAUAACCCCCGAGACGCAGCAGGAUCAGCUGAGGCAGCUCAAGAGGUUCAAUGUUGGAGAGGAUUGUCCUGUGUUCGAUGGCCUUCACUCUUUCUGUCAGACUUAUGCCGGAGGCUCGGUUGGCGGUGCCGUGAAGUUGAAUCACGGUCUCUGCGAUAUCGCUAUCAACUGGGCAGGUGGGCUGCAUCAUGCUAAGAAGUGCGAGGCUUCUGGAUUUUGCUAUGUCAAUGACAUCGUGCUUGGCAUAUUGGAGCUCCUUAAACAGCAUGAGCGCGUUUUGUAUGUGGAUAUUGAUAUUCACCAUGGGGACGGUGUUGAAGAGGCUUUCUACACAACUGAUAGGGUCAUGACCGUUUCAUUUCACAAAUUUGGUGAUUACUUUCCUGGUACUGGCGAUAUACGUGACAUAGGAUAUGGCAAAGGGAAAUAUUACUCCCUCAAUGUUCCAUUGGAUGAUGGGAUUGACGACGAAAGCUACCAUUCUCUGUUCAAACCAAUAAUUGGAAAAGUAAUGGAAGUGUUCAAACCCGGUGCUGUGGUCCUUCAAUGUGGCGCUGACUCUCUGUCAGGAGACCGAUUAGGAUGCUUCAAUCUAUCAAUCAAAGGACAUGCAGAAUGUGUCAGAUACAUGAGAUCAUUCAAUGUGCCAGUGUUGCUGCUAGGAGGCGGUGGUUACACCAUUCGUAAUGUUGCUCGUUGCUGGUGCUAUGAGACUGGAGUGGCCCUUGGACUUGAAGUUGAUGAUAAGAUGCCACAACAUGAGUAUUAUGAAUACUUCGGUCCUGACUAUACACUUCAUGUUGCUCCGAGUAACAUGGAAAACAAAAAUUCGCGACAAUUGCUUGAGGAUAUAAGAUCGAAGCUUCUCGAAAAUCUCUCUAAGCUCCAGCAUGCACCCAGUGUCCCAUUCCAGGAAAGACCCCCUGAUACUGAGCUCCCAGAGGCUGAUGAAGAUCAAGAAGAUCCGGAUGAAAGAUGGGAUCCAGACUCUGACAUGGAUGUUGACGAAGAUCGCAAGCCCCUGCCUAGCAGAGUAAAGAGAGAACUAAUAGUAGAACCUGAGGUCAAAGACCAGGAUUCCCAGAAAGCAUCUAUAGAUCAUGGAAGAGGGCUUGACACAACACAGGAGGAUAAUGCAUCUAUAAAGGUCUCUGAUAUGAAUUCUAUGAUAACAGAUGAACAGAGCGUGAAAAUGGAGCAAGACAAUGUGAACAAACCAUCUGAGCAAAUAUUCCCUAAAUAGAUUGUCCAUUGUUGGUAAUUGACUUGUAAUAUGCUUCUGUGGCAAAUUAUUAAAGCUUAUGAUGUCAAAACGUAGCUCUUUUUUGUGUGAACUAUCAUGCUAAAUUAAACCUCAGCAAAUACUGCUUCCUUGUUUUAUAGAUCCAGACAUUUCGAUUUUGUGUAAAGUUGACAGUUAAGCUAUUGAACUCCCAGUACGGUUCGUUAGAUUUUAAACUGAUCAAUGAAAUCUUCAUAGUUUUAUGAUA